AUGCCUACUGCUGUCGUCACCGGUGGAGCUGGAUUCCUUGGCUCGCACCUCGUAGCCUUGUUGCUCGAGGAGGGUUUCCACGUCAUCGCAGUUGAUUCCCUCUGGACCGGGUCGGUCGAGAACGUUUCCAGACUCGGAAAACAUCCCAAGUUUACCUUCCUUCGUCAUAACGUAACCGAGCCGUUUCCCAAGACACUGGAGAAGGCUGAUCGUAUAUACAACCUUGCAUGUCCUGCGAGCCCAAAAAAGUUCCCAGAGGCACCCCUUGGUAUCUUGGAGACUUGCUACAUGGGAACCAAGAAUGUCCUUGACCUGGCCUCCAAGACCGGCGCGCGUGUCUUGCUUGCUAGCACCUCGGAGGUCUAUGGUGACCCCCUCGUCUGUCCUCAGCCUGAAGAGUAUUGGGGUAACGUGAACUCGUUCGGCGGGCGAUCAUGCUACGACGAGGGUAAGCGGGUGGCAGAAGCCCUCGCCUACGGCUACCGCCUAGAGCGCAAUGUCGACAUCCGAAUCGGGCGUAUUUUCAACGCCUAUGGCCCGGGCAUCAGACCCGACGACGGCAGAGUGGUGCCCAACUUCAUAGCCGCUGCGCUCAAGGGGAAAGAUAUAACCAUUACCGGCGACGGGAAAGCGAGCCGCUGCUUCCAGUAUGCCGGGGACUGUGCUAUUGGUCUCUACAAGCUGAUGGAAAGCUCUGUCCUAAGCCCCGUCAACAUAGGGCGUGAGGAAGAGACCACAAUUGGAGAGAUGGCCCGCUUGAUCAACGAGAUCGUCGCGAAGCAGACUGGUCGCCCGGAGGUACGAAUCGUGUACGGGCCGAAGCCGGACGACGACCCAUACAGAAGAGUACCAAACGCGAGGAAAGCAAAACGCGAGCUCGGCCAUGAAGCCAAGAUUGGUCUCAGGGAAGGUUUAGAGCAAACGGUUGAUUGGUUUCUCAAUCUGCCAGAAUUCAAUCUGCAGCAAAAGGCUAAGCUUUAA